CUAGCAGCACCAGUCCUCAAAAGCGGUGGCCAACUGACUGACAAGACUAAAACCAAGCCAGACCAGACAAGAAAAACAACGACUCGCCUUCAAACGCGUACCUCGUCGUCGGCCCCGCCCAUCACAUCACUCCCUCCCCCCAAGUGCACGAACAUUUUCUUGAGCACCUCCACUUUCCUUCUUCCCCCCUCCUUCUUCUUGAAACUUUUCCCGUCCGUCGUACCCCGACGUUAGACAUCAUGGUCGCCCCCGCUGCUCACGACGAGCCGGCCCCGGCCUCUGCUGGCCAGCAGACCAACCCCGGCUCGCCGGUGCCCGUCACCUCGCCCCGCAUGACCGUGACCCGGGACCCCAUUGCGUUCGCCGCGUCCAACUUUGCCAUCCCCUCCGGCUCGCUCUACCCCCCCGCUUCGGGCCGUGGUGUCGACUUCAUGGCCGGCGAGACCGAGUGGAAGGACUCGUACGGCCAGGGCAACGCCGUCCUCGAGUUUGCCGAUGGCCUCGCCCUCUCGGGCCACUCGUUCGGCGCCGAGAAGAGCAUCUCGGGAGAGUGUGUCUUCCAGACUGGCAUGGUCGGCUACCCCGAGUCCCUCACCGACCCCUCCUACGAGUCGCAGAUCCUCGUCCUCACCUACCCCCUCGUCGGCAACUACGGUGUUCCCGAGCGUGAGGCCGACGUCGCUGCCAUCGGCCAGGACGCCGACGGCUCGUCGCUUUUUGACAAGAUCCCCGCCGAGUUCGAGUCUAAGCGUAUCCACGUUGCCGCGCUCGUUAUCGCCAACUACCACCCCAGCUACUCGCACUUCCUCGCCCAGUCGAGCCUCGGCCAGUGGCUCAAGGAGCAGGGCGUCCCCGCCAUCUGGGGUCUCGACACCCGCAUGAUCACCAAGAAGCUCCGUGAGGGUGGCUCCACCCUUGCCCGUGUCCUCGCCCAGAAGACCGGUCCUGUCUCUGGCGAGGGCCUCGUUGGCAAGCUCCUCGGCAGCCUCGCCCCCGCCGGCUCUGACGCCGGUGACGAGAACUGGAUCAACAACUUUGACGUUGUUCCCUUCGCCGACCCCAACCAGACCAACCUUGUUGCUAAGGUCUCGCUCAAGGAGCCCGUGGUCUACACUGCCGAGGGCGAGGCCCUCCUUAACCCCAAGACCGGCAAGACCAUCCGCGUCCUCGCUGUUGACGUCGGUAUCAAGUACAACCAGAUCCGCUGCUUCCGCAAGCGCGGUGUCGAGGUCAAGGUCGUCCCCUGGGACUACGACUUCAACAAGGACGCCGGCAAGUACGACGGUCUCUUCAUCUCCAACGGUCCCGGUGACCCCUCGAUGGCCACCAAGACGAUCGAGCACCUCCGCGUCGCUCUCGCCAACUCCAAGGUCCCCAUCUUCGGUAUCUGUCUUGGCCACCAGCUCCUCGCCCUGGCUUCGGGCGCCAGCACCCGCAAGAUGAAGUACGGUAACCGUGGUAUGAACCUGCCCUGCACCUGCACCACCUCGGGCCGCUGCUACAUCACCUCGCAGAACCACGGUUACGAGGUUGACGUCUCCACCCUCAAGGAGGGCUGGGAGCCCCUCUUCGUCAACGCCAACGACAACUCCAACGAGGGUAUCUGGAUGGGCAAGAACGGCAAGCCCUUCUUCUCGGUCCAGUUCCACCCCGAGUCGGCUCCCGGUCCCCGCGACACCGAGUUCCUCUUCGACGUGUUCAUCCAGAGCAUCGUCGCCACUGCCGCCGAGGGCCGCCUUGUCUCGAUCGACAUGCCCGGCGGUGAGCUCGCUGCCCACAAGGAGCGCGUCCCCCGCGUUUCCGUCAAGAAGGUCCUCGUCCUCGGCUCUGGUGGUCUCUCCAUCGGCCAGGCCGGCGAGUUUGACUACUCUGGUUCGCAGGCCAUCAAGGCCCUCAAGGAGGAGGGUAUCUACACCAUUCUGGUCAACCCCAACAUUGCCACCAUCCAGACCUCCAAGGGUCUUGCCGACAAGGUCUACUUCCUCCCCGUGACCCCCGAGUUUGUCACCAAGAUCAUCAAGCACGAGAAGCCCGACGGCAUCUACUGCACGUUCGGUGGCCAGACCGCCCUCUCAGUCGGUAUCGCCCUCAAGGACGACUUUGAGAAGCUCGGCGUCAAGGUCCUCGGUACCCCCAUCGACACCGUCAUCACCACUGAGGACCGUGACCUCUUCGACAAGGCCCUCAAGGAGAUUGGGGAGAAGUCUGCCGAGUCUUCGUCGGCCAACACCGUCCCCGAGGCCAUCGCCGCCGCCAACCGCAUCGGCUACCCCCUCAUUGUUCGUGCCGCUUUCGCCCUCGGUGGUCUCGGCUCGGGCUUCGCCUCGAACGAGGCUGAGCUUGUCGAGCUCUGCAACAAGGCUUUCGCCACCUCGCCCCAGGUCCUUGUCGAGCGCUCGAUGAAGGGCUGGAAGGAGGUCGAGUACGAGGUUGUCCGUGACUGCAUGGACAACUGUAUCACCGUCUGUAACAUGGAGAACUUCGACCCUCUCGGUAUCCACACCGGUGACUCGAUCGUCGUCGCUCCCUCGCAGACUCUCUCGGACGCCGACUACAACAUGCUCCGUACCACGGCUGUCAACGUCAUUCGCCACCUUGGUGUCGUCGGCGAGUGCAACAUCCAGUACGCGCUCAACCCCUACUCCAAGGAGUACUGCAUCAUCGAGGUCAACGCUCGUCUCUCGCGUUCGUCGGCUCUCGCCUCCAAGGCCACCGGUUACCCCCUGGCCUUCAUCGCCGCCAAGCUCGGUCUCAACAUUCCUCUCAAUGAGAUCCGCAACUCGGUCACCAAGAAGACCACGGCCUGCUUCGAGCCCUCGCUCGACUACUGCGUCGUCAAGAUCCCCCGUUGGGACCUUAAGAAGUUCAACCGCGUCUCGACUGCGCUCUCGUCGUCGAUGAAGUCGGUUGGUGAGGUCAUGGCCAUUGGCCGUACCUUUGAGGAGACCAUCCAGAAGGCCAUUCGCUGCAUCGACGACAGCUUCCUUGGCUUCGGUGAGAACGCCAACAUCGAGGUCGACGAUAUCGACUACGAGAUUGCCAACCCCACCGACAAGCGUCUCUUCGCCCUUGCCACCGCUCUCAAGCGUGGCUACUCGGUAGACAAGCUCAACAAGAUGUCCAACAUUGACAAGUGGUUCCUUCGCCGCCUCGAGCGCCUCUCCAAGACCGAAGAUGUCAUCGCCAAGUUCUCCGCUGCCACCGUCCCCACCGAGCUCCUCCGCAACGCCAAGCAGCUCGGCUUCUCGGACCGUGCCAUCGCCAAGGCCCUCAACUCGAACGAGCUGGCUGUUCGCCGUCUCCGUGUCGAGGCCGGCAUCACGCCCUUCGUCAAGCAGAUCGACACGGUCGCCGCCGAGUUCCCUGCGUACACCAACUACCUCUACACGACGUACAAUGCUUCGCAGCACGACGUCGACUUCAAGGACCACGGUGUCAUGGUCCUUGGUUCCGGUGUCUACCGCAUCGGUUCGUCGGUCGAGUUCGACUGGUGUGCUGUCCGCGCCAUCCGCACCCUUCGCGAGAACGGCAUGAAGACGAUCAUGAUCAACUACAACCCCGAGACCGUCUCGACCGACUAUGACGAGGCCGACAAGCUCUACUUUGAGAACAUUUCGCUCGAGACCGUCCUUGACAUCUACGACAUUGAGCGCUCCUCGGGUGUUGUCCUCUCCAUGGGUGGUCAGACCCCCAACAACAUUGCCCUGGCUCUCCACCGCCAGAACGUCAAGAUCUACGGCACUUCGCCCGAGAUGAUUGACACUGCCGAGAACCGUUACAAGUUCUCGCGUAUGCUCGACAAGAUUGGCGUCGACCAGCCUCUCUGGAAGGAGCUUACCAGCUUCGAGGAGGCCAAGGCCUUCUGUGACAAGGUCGGCUACCCCACCCUUGUCCGCCCCUCGUACGUCCUCUCCGGUGCCGCCAUGAACGUCGUCUACUCCGAGGACGACCUUCACAGCUACCUCAACCAGGCCGCUGCCGUCUCGCGCGACCACCCCGUUGUCAUCUCCAAGUACAUCGAGGAGGCCAAGGAGAUCGAGAUGGACGCCGUCGCCAAGGACGGCAAGAUGGUCAUCCACUACAUCUCGGAACACGUCGAGAACGCCGGUGUUCACUCGGGUGACGCUACCCUCAUCCUCCCCCCUCAGGAUCUCGACCCCGAGACCAUCCGCAAGAUUGAGAUUGCCACCCAGAAGAUUGGCGCUGCCCUCAACGUUACUGGUCCUUACAACAUCCAGUUCAUCGCCAAGAACAACGAGAUCAAGGUCAUCGAGUGCAACCUCCGUGCUGCGCGUUCGUUCCCCUUCGUUUCCAAGGUCACUGGCAUCGACGGUAUCGAGAUGGCCACCAAGGUCAUGCUCGGCCUCCCCGUCUCUCCUUACCCCGACAUCAAGAUGCCUCCCAACUACGUCGGUGUCAAGGUCCCCCAGUUCUCGUUCUCGCGUCUCAGCGGUGCCGACCCCAUCCUCGGUGUCGAGAUGGCCUCGACCGGUGAGGUUGCCUGCUUUGGCAAGGACAAGUACGACGCCUACCUCAAGGCUCUCAUCUCGACCGGUAUCCGUCCUCCCAAGAAGAACGUCCUCCUUUCGAUCGGUUCGUUCAAGGAGAAGCUCGAGAUGCUCCCCUCGGUCCACAAGCUUCACCGCAUGGGCUACAACCUCUUCGCCACCGCCGGUACCGCCGACUUCAUCCAGGAGCACGGCAUUCCUGUCAAGUACCUCGAGAACCUCGGCGAGGACGAGGACACUCCCCAGAAGGCCGAGUACUCGCUCAACCAGCACCUGGGCAACAACAUGAUCGACCUCUACAUCAACCUGCCUUCGAAGAACCGCUUCCGCCGUCCCGCUUCGUACAUCUCGAAGGGCUACCGCUCGCGUCGUAUGGCCGUCGACUUUGCCAUUCCUCUGAUCACCAACGUCAAGAAUGCCAAGCUCUUCAUCGAGGCCAUCAUCCGCAAGCCCACGUUUGACAUCACCUCGGUCGACUACAAGACCUCGCACGAGACCUACACCUUCCCUGGUCUCAUCUCGGUCCAGUCGUUUGUCCCUGGUGCCGCCGAGGCUGGCUCCGAGGACUUUGCCGUCGCUACCCAGGCUGCCAUCCGCGGUGGCUUCUCGGUCGUCCAGAUGGUUCCCCAGGGAGUCAACUCGGCCGUCGAGGACGAGAUCUCACUCCAGCGCGCUCAGCAGAACGCCUCGGGCUCGGCCCACUGCGACUACUUCUUCUCGGUCGCUGCCACUGCCGACAACGCGUCGCGCCUCAAGGACGCUAUCGACGCCGGUGCCAAGGCGCUGUUCAUCCCCUUCAACAACUUCUUCGGCUCGGUCAACAAGGUUGCCAGCGUCGCCCAGCACUUUGCCGCUUGGCCCCAGGACAAGCCCAUUGUCACUGACGCUCGUGGAACCGACCUUGCCUCGAUCCUCCUCCUCGCGUCGCUCAACAACCGCAGCAUCCACAUUGCUUCGGUCUCGACCCGCGAGGACAUCCUCCUGAUCUCGCUCGCCAAGGAGAAGGGUCUUGCGGUCACCUGCGACGUCUCGGUCUAUGCCCUCUUCUACUCGCAGAAGGACUUCCCUGAGGCCGCUAAGAUCCUCCCCACUGAGGCGGACCAGAAGGCGCUUUGGGACAACAUUGCCCACGUCGACGUCUUCUCGGUCGGUGUCCUGCCCUACGAGCUUGGCCAGGCUCUCGGCAAGAAGGUCUCGGCUGCCAGCGGUGUCGAGGAGACUCUCCCUCUCCUCCUCUCUGCUGUCGCCGACGGCCGCCUCACCCUCGAGGACAUUGCCACUCGCCUCAGCGAGAACCCCCGCACCAUCUUCGACAUCACUGAGCAGCCUCAGACUUAUGUCGAGGUCGAGGUCAACCGUUCGUCGACCUUUGACCUUGAGGGUGACGAGUGGUCGCCCCUCGAGGGCAAGGCCAUCAGCGGUGGCGUCCACCGUGUGGUCAUCAACAACCACUCGGUGGUCCUCGACGGCACUGCCUUCUCAAUGCCCCUUGGCCGCGAUGUUUCGCUUUCGGGCCCUCGCAAGCCUGCCGCCGGCGGCCGUGGUUCGUUCUCGCGUGCGCAGCGCCCCAGCAUCUCGCUCCAGUCGCCUCCUCCGGCUCUGGGCCUCCAGCUCAAGUCGGCGGCCUCGCAGCCCUCGCUCAUGUCGCUCGCCGCGCAGCCCAUUGCCACGUCGCCUCUCCCUGCCCUCCCCUCGCUCCAGUCGCACGCUGCCUUCUCGCGCCGCCACAUCCUGUCGGUCAAGCAGUUCAGCCGCGACGACCUUCACGCGCUCUUCAACGUUGCGUCCGAGAUGCGCACCCAGGUCGAACGCCAGGGCUCGGUCGACACUCUCCGUGGCCGUGUCCUCUGCACCCUCUUCUACGAGCCUUCUACCCGCACCUCGACCUCGUUCGAGGCGGCCAUGAAGCGCUGCGGUGGUGAGGUUGUCCAGGUGACUGCCGAGCGCUCGUCUGUCCAGAAGGGCGAGUCGCUUCAGGACACUAUCCGCACUGUCGGCUGCUACGCCGACGCUGUUGUGCUCCGUCACCCCGACGUCGGCUCGUCCAAGACGGCCGCCAAGAGCAGCCCUGUGCCCGUCAUCAACGCCGGUGACGGUAUCGGAGAGCACCCCACGCAGUCGCUCCUCGAUGUCUUCACCAUCCGUGAGGAGCUGGGUUCCGUCAACGGUAUCACCGUUACUCUUAUCGGUGACCUGAAGAACGGCCGCACUGUUCACUCGCUCGUCAAGCUCCUGUCGCUCUACGACGUGACGCUCAACUUUGUGUCGCCACCUUCGCUCGCCAUGCCCGACUACGUCAAGCAGGAGGCGAGCCGCGCCAACAUUCGCUGGGCCGAGUACCACAACCUGGACGACGUUAUCGAGCACUCGGACGUGCUCUACGUUACUCGUGUUCAGAAGGAGCGCUUCGACAGCAUUGCCGAGUACGAGUCCGUCAAGGACAUGUAUGUCAUCAACCACGACGUCCUCAAGCGUGCCAAGGAGAGUGCAAUCGUCAUGCACCCUCUUCCUCGUCUCAACGAGAUUGACCCCGAGGUCGACUUUGACAGCCGUCGUGCUGCCUACUUCCGCCAGAUGCGCUACGGUCUUUUCAUUCGUAUGGCGCUGCUCACCAUGGUCCUCGGCGCAUAGACGUGCCGUGGUACUACCCCGCAUUAUUACCCCAGCUCCGUGUACAUUGAAUCGCAUAUCCCCCUCUCCCCUCGCUACCAAUCUUUCCAAAAGUGGCUCUAGAGCUUCCUCGGUGGCAUGCCACUUUAGUAGUUAUCCGCAAAAGAAAAUGCAUCGGUUCCCAAGCAACCAAGCAACGACCCACCGGUUUCUAGGUCCGGGGCUGGAAUGGGCGGUGGGUUGUUGCGGUGGUUGUCGCCGUCGCUCGCGGCGACUCUGGACGUAAUGUAUAGAACAUUCCGUAUUCCGUAGGGCCAAGGCAGCGGCGUGUUGUAGCAGUGGUAGAUGUCCGUGUGAUGGCCGUGGCCCGUCGUGUUGUAUUGCGUAUCGUGGGUAUGAAACUUGGUUUUUGCGUAACUGCUUGCGUAUGCUGUCGUAAGGUCUCAGAGUCAACGGGC